UUGACAAAGUCUCAUCAAAGCAAAAUGCAUUCUACCUCCAGUUUUCUGUUUAUUGGCUUGGGUCUUGCCUGUGUCUUGUCCAGUGGCUUGGCCUACCCCUAUCCUGAUCCCCGAGAGAUUGUGAAUCUGCAACCUGAACCAUUGGCUUAUUCUCCCAACUUCGAUGUUGCUCCUUUAACCAGGGUGCGUCGCCAAUUCCAAUUGAAUGGCGGCGGUGGUGGCAGCCCAAAGCAGGGUUUCGAUCUUAGCCUUAAUACACGUGUGCCUGUUUGGACGAGCCCUAAUGGACGCCACUCCUUCGAUGCCACGGGAUCGUAUGGCCAGCAUCUUGGAGGACGUUAUGGCAGCAGCCCACCUCAAUUUGGAGGCGGCGGAGUGUACACCUUUAGGUUCUAGAGAA